GUCAGCUUUAUCGGCCUCCAGCGAGCGCCGUGGGCAAAGUUACACGGCGAUUCUUGCUGCGAUUUGUCUACUGGCAUCGAUAGCAUCGCCUGAAGACAGCUCAGUGCUCGCCUAAUUGCAAGGUUGGCGUAAUCACAACGUCCUCCGGCUAUCGGCCUCCACGUGCCGCGGGCAGCUAGAGGACCAGGAGAGCUGCCACGAUCCUUCGUUUGGCUUCAUAACGCAGCGCUGUCGGCGUGAAGCAUCGAAACAAGAUGCCUCGCGACGCCGACGAAGCUGGCCGGCCGCCCCGCCCGGAAUCGAAAACCGAGGAAACGCCGCGCGGCGCCGCAUCAUUAGCGGAACUCCUGACGAGCGACAAGCUCAAGCGACUAGCGUUGCCGUACCCCGGCUACCUCGCGGCCUGGCGGCUCGUCAAGGGCCACGGCAAGUGCAUCCAGGGCGUCAAUGGGAGAAGUACCCAUAGGGGUACGUUAUGCUAUAGCUUCGACUUUAAGCUGGCCGUGGGCACGCCCGUGCUAGCUGCCAGAGGAGGUACGAUCGCGGCGGUCGUCGACCAUUUUAGAGGAGGCGGCGCGAAGGCGCAUUUGGCGCCCAGAGCGAACUUUGUGGCCGUGCGGCAUUCAGACGGGAGUUAUGCGCGAUAUUAUCACCUCAAGGAGAAGGGAUCUUUAUAUAAAGUCGGCGAACGAGUCGGAAGAGGGCAACAAAUCGCCUGGAGCGGCAAUACCGGUUAUACUGGUGGUCCUCAUUUACAUUUUGAUUUAGUUAAUUUAUUACCGGAGGAGACGUCUACGCUGCGCAUCGUCUCCCCGAAGCACUGCCGUAAACGGUUGCAGUCCGUCGCGGCGGCCUUUUCUUGUGAACUGCCCUCAACACCAUUAAGGUGUAAAGUGGUUCACGUCCCGAACGACGCCGUUGCGGGCGACGGCCUACGGAUAGAAGGUCCUUGGAUCGCUUUAUCAGACAGAGACCCGGCCUCGACGUUCUCGGAAAAAAUAUCAUUUUUGGCAGAGCAGGGCGCCUGUGCGGCGAUUAUUUCCAACAAUAGAUCCGGUCCCGAGCUCUUCGCGAUGGGUGGGUGCGAGACCGCGUCACCCGUGCCUGCUUGUCUCAUCUCGAAGGAGCACGGCAUCAUGCUCAAGUCGUAUCUGGCCGAAGGUAAUAGUGUGAUUCUCGAAUUUGGAAGACAUCCGGCAGUGGAAGGCGCGAAGCCGAUGGCGACGCAGUUGUCCGAUUAUCGAGCAACACCGGGCGCGUUCGACACGCCGCUGUCGUGCAAGUACGGGCCCGAUCUGAGGUAUGUGACACGAACGCUACCCGUCGAAUUCGUCGACAAGUCGGGCGACGGCUUCGUGCCCAAGCAGGCGAAGACGUAUCCGAAGCCGGUGCUCUGCGUGUCUCCUAGUUGUAGCAUGAAGCGGCGGGGCCGGCGGCGGCGGCGCGACGGCCCCGUCGAGCCGUCGGAGCGCGGGCGGGACCGUCGCGUCGCCGUCGAGCGGCUCGACUCGCGGGAGUCGGAGCGGCGGCCCGACCCUUUAGGGCGCGCGCCGUCGCCGCGCUGAGGCAUUUUUCUUAUUUCGUAAGUGUUAUAGGGUUACAAGGGAUACUACACCGCUACCGGCACACGAGCGGGGUCGGCGGCGAGGGAUCGGCCCCGCCG